AUGGCUGGACUAUUAACGCAUUCAAAGGCUGCGGAUCCUAUUGGCUGUACAUACUUUGCCUCUGAAAGAAAAUACGAAUGUUCCGCGCGAACGUGCAGCUUCCCGUUGGACGCAACAACGUUUGACAACGUUCCCCAGGUGUUACACGUCACAGAUUUCUCGGGCGAGCUUGCUGCCUCCGCUCCAGUUGGCCCAACGUUUUCCAAUUUCCUCAAUAUUGAUACUAGCGGUUUUGAUUCCAGAAUAGUCCCUAGUCUGGUUGUUCGCUGUUAUUCCGGAGGGUCUAUUAUACUAACAGCAGGUGCACUUUCUGGCAUGUAUUACAUAAAAGACUUCCGUAUUAUCGACUGUAACAUUUACAACAUUCCGGACGAAAUGUUCGCGGAUCUAGUGGAGCUGAACUACCUCGGGAUCGAGGGCGGUGCCAUCCAUAGCUUCGGAUUCAAUAGCCUCACCUUAUUAGACUUGUAUGCAAUGGAUUUCACAAUCAAAGGCCACUCUUCCGGUACGCUUUCUAUUCGUAAUAGUAACGUUGUUGACGGUAAACUACCGAAUGGGGUUUUGUACAGUGUACCAAACAUCAAGCACGUCGUUCUGGAAAACGCCAACAUCGACACCCUUCAGUCUGACAUGUUCCAAGUAACAACCAAGCUGUUGUCGUUGACCAUUAGCAGCAACCCCCUCACCACCAUACCUAGUGGUUUGUUCAACAGUGCGUUGGGUUUCGUAUCGUUGGAGGCACAAAGAAUAGCUUGGGACUGUAGCUGCUCCAACUUAUGGUUUCUGGAUUUCGCUGAAGUAAAUAACAUCACUUUACGUGGUGAUUACGUUUGUGCGUCUCCUGCUGAUCAAGAAGGGAAACGCCUUUAUGAAUACAGAAAGCUGUACUGUGCAACGGAGGAGACAUGUGGCAGUGUUUCAGGUGUAGCUGUAGGUAGUUACUGCAUGUCCGCCUGGUCUAUUGCAAACAGUUGUGUGAUGCUCAUCUCUCUUAUUAUUUCCGGUGUUGCCCUCGGUAUCGCGGUGUGCAACAUGAAGGCGCUCUCACCAUUGCUUGAAAAACCCAACAAAACCGGAAAAGAAGCAAAAUCUCCAGUCGCGACUAAAAAAUCAGGACAAGAAGCAAAAAAUAUAUCAAAGAAAUUCGAACCGGAACAUAAGACAGUUCCAGGCGUAGAGCUGACGAAGAUGAAGAAGACUGGAGGACAACAAUGGGUUGGAUUUUAG